GGGGCGUUCCCUGUGGAAUCUGCCUCAGCUCUGCAGCAGGAGUCAGAAGGUGUGAACAAGAAGCUCUCACUCUGUGGGAGAUUUCUGAGAUCAGAAACGUGAGACAGGCUGGUCAGUCACUCACUCCCUGCAGGAAUGAAGCCGCCGGUUCUGAUCAGCUCAGAUCUGAUGGACCGUGUGGAGGCCAGGGUUCACUCCAGUGCUUCUGUUUUAAAGCUGGAGAACCGUAUCCUGGUGCAAGCUUCCUCUGUUCGAUCCGUGACCCCAGACUUAUCAUCUCCAACCUCCUCCAUCUCCUCCUCCUGUCCAGCACUCCAGCCAUCCUUUCUCUCCUCCACCCAGCUAAAGCAGGACCUUUUCCCUUUCCCCUCCGUCUCCUCCUCCAACCACUCUCCAUUCACAGCAUCCCCUGCUGGAGGAGGAUCUGCUGGAGGAGGAUCUGCUGGAGGAGGAUCUGCUGGAGGAGGAUCUGCUGGAGGUGGAUUUGCUGGAGGAGGAUCUGCUGGAGGAGGAUCUGCUGGAGCACAUUCUGCAGUAGAAGGUUCUGUUGCUGGGAUUUUCACUGGUUCUUCUGAAGAGAAAGAAUUAAAGUUUAAAUCUGAGCAGGUUCAUCGUUGCUACACUGAAAAUGUUUGCUCACAUACAGAAGAGCUGACUGAGGACGUGGAUCCUGAGGACCCCGCGGACCCCCAGUCACUGUCAGAGAGAGAGAUGAGAGUUUCUGAAGAAGAGAAGGAGUGGACGUGGACCAUCGAGCUCGCUGAAGAGUUUGGGGAGCUUGAAACAGACUCCAGUAAUGAAGAAGCCGAGCUGCUGAAGGAGAAGAAGUUUAAGCUGCUGAAUCUGGUCUGCUGCUCUCUGGUCAAUAAGAGCUGCUCUCCUGGACAGAAGGGCUGGGAUGAGAAAAGAUCCGUGUGGAGAAAAAUCAGGAUCCUGGCUGAAGACAUCACCCACAGUGAUCCAGAGUUUCUCCUGAAGGUGGCUGUCUACUCCAGGCAGGAACUAAACAAACACCUCAUGGCUAGUUACCUGAUAGCCCUGGCCGCCUACCUGCCUGCAUCCAAGCCACACGUGAGGAGGUACUUUUGCGCUGCUGUACGGCUGCCGUCUGAUUGGCUACAAGUGCCGAGAAUAUACAGCACGUGUUUCAGCUCAUCUCUGCCCACAUGUCUGAAAAAAGGCUUGGUGGACAAAUUCAAGCAGUUCAGUGAGAGUCAGCUGGCCAAGUACUGCACACGACGACGGAAGAAACACAAAGCUGCGAAUAACUCCCCUGAACUGUACAAGAAAUGGGCGGAGCUCCUCACAUCCAACCCCUCCACCCUGCAGAGACAGUUGCAGAGGUGUGCUCCUGUAAAUGAGAAGCAGAGUGAGUUCACUAUGCAGAAUAUGAUAAAACGUCUCCAUAUCAAAGAGCCUGCAGAGUUGGUCAUGAGCAUCCUCGGGAAGAAAUAUCCUGCUGAUGUAAAGGCAUUUAAGAACAGUGGUCUGAGUGGUGAUUGGCUGAGUGACCGCGCUGGUCAGAGAAUGAAACUUAAACAUCCGGACUGCUGGCAGACCACACUGAGCCGAGAGGGAAACACGGCCAAAACCUGGGAAAAGCUCAUAGGUGUGAAUUACACACACACACACACACACACACACACAUACAGUGAGUCCAAGAAGUAUUUGAUCCCUUGCUGAUUUCCUUUGUUUGCCCACUAAUAA